AUGCAACACGACGAUGUCAAUGAUAUAGGUGUUUACGUAGAUAACAUCAGUCAAUAUCUUCUUGACAUAGAUGCUUCAGAUGAAAAGCUUGGCCGACUGAUGGAUGGUUUAACCGUCAGAAAAGUUAUUACUGAUUAUUUGAAAUAUUUUGUUCAACUUGCUCUCAAAAGGUUACAGGUUCAUAAAAACGUUGUCAAAAAUGUGCACUUCCAAGAAUUUGUUAACGAAGAGUUUAUUGAUGAAGAUAUUAAAACUAUUGGUUAUUGCCUCGUUUGUCCAACCGAUCGACAAGAAUUUAUGAAAGACUGCUUUAUUGAAGCAGGAAUUAUCGAGGAGUUUGAAGCUGAGCACCGACUUUUAUUUGUCAUCGAAGCUGUCGCUAUAGCUCAUUAUCAUCUUUCUCUUGACAGAAACGAGACCGGUAUCCAAAGUAAUCAGGAUUACUUCGUUUUCGAUGUAGGCGACAUCUCUAUUGGGAUAGCAAAAGUUCAUACAGCUUCCACUGAAUCAUUGAGUACUGUUACUGGAAUUUCUGACGAUAUAGCACAAGGGUCAAUAAAUCUAGACAUCAAGUUCAAAGAUUAUUUGAUAGAAAAUUUGACAGCGUUAAAUUUAGAUAUUUCACACAUUGAUCAAUUUGUUCAAACUUUUUCCAAAAAAAUGAAGUAUGAAUUUAAUAUGUAUGCCCCAACACAGACUGCCAUAUCACAAGAUGAUAUUGAUGGAAAUCCCAUUGGGUUUACGUAUGAAGAUUUAGACAGAAUUGUCUUAAAACCAUUUAUCGAGAGCAUAGCUAAAUUUGUAUCAAUAGCUAAUGAAACUCAUGGUCACUCCAGAGAUAAGAGUAAGUUGAAGUAUCAUCGUUCUACUAUUGAACAUUCACUUGGAAUGGUUUCCUCGGGCGCUGUCUCUUCAACAUUAAAUAGCUACAAAUCUCAAACGCCCUUCUCUCUUUAUAAUGAACACCGAUCCCCAUUUUCUGAUAGAAGACCGCCCUUACCAGAAAUAGUGUCGGAGGAAUCUACUGAUGAUAACGAUGAAAAUAAUGCUUAUGACUUAAUUGUUGGAAUUGAUUUUGGUACCUGCUUUUCUGGAUGCUCUUACGUCCAGCUUAAGGAUAAGAAUGGAAAACCUGUAGGUACAAAAAAAAUCAAGACCAUAAAAACGGGUUGGCCUGGAGGCCAUCUAAAUAAUUUUGGAAAGACCCCAACCUUGUUAGUGUACGAAAAAAAUAUGAAGCCAAAAUAUUGGUCUGAAGAAGCAAAACUUGUAGCAAAGCGCCGUAAAAAUAGCAUUCUAGGAAAUUUUAAAUUGUUUUUGUGCUCCAAAUAUUUGGAAAACACUGAUGAUCUGGAAGAAUUUGAAGAACGAGGAGGGGUUCCUGAUGAUGGAUACCCAAAAAACGAAGUGGAUGUGGUCAGAAUUAUAGCUGAUUAUCUCAAGUUUUUCAAAAAUUAUGUUGUUGAGUAUAUCGUAUCUAAAGAAAUGGAUGAAAGUUUUACUUUCUAUAACAGGUCAAAGCUUUUGAAAAAAUACAAGAUUAAAUACGUGAUGACUGUACCUGCUAUGUGGAAUUCAGUAGCCCGAAAUUCCAUGGUGCAAGCUGCAGUUGAAGCUACUCUAAUUGAAAAAAAUGAGGUCGACCAGCUUCUUAUAAUCAGUGAACCCGAGGCAGCAGCAUUGUUCUGUAUGAAGAGAAAAACCGAAUAUUUUGAAAAAGAGGAUGAAAAAUUGAAUGAUACGAACUUUAUUGUAUGUGAUGCUGGUGGAGGAACUGUAGAUCUGGUUACAUUUAAUUUACAGCUAAACAAAGAAGAAUACGAUACACCUACUACAAAACAAAUGAUUUUUCAAAUCGGUGACGGUGUGGGUGAUAUCUGCGGUUCAACUUGUCUUGACGUGGGAUUUCAAAAUUAUCUCCAUGAAUUUUAUAAGAGCUUUGGAGUAGAUAUAGACAAAGAAAAUGCCCUUCUUGAUGAUGUUAUGAAUGAUUUUGUGAAAAACUAUAAGCUUGACUUUAUGCCUAAUUUGCAAGGCGACUCUUAUUACGAUAUUAAUUUGCCCGGGAACGGGAUUAGAAAUUUUACCAGCGAUUCUACUUAUAGCAUGACUAAUGCGAAUAGAACGCUGAAAAUGAAGAACCAAGUUAUGAAAGAGCAAAUAUUCGACCCAGUAGUUGAUCGUAUUUUUUACCUUAUCGAUGAUCAGUUAAACCAAGCAAAAAAAGUAGACAGACGAAUUGACACAAUUUUGAUGGUUGGUGGCUUUUCCCAAUCCAGAUACCUGCAACAACGCAUUAAAGACCGGUAUAAGGGUGUGUGUCAUGUUAGCUUUCCUACCGAAGGUGUUGAAGCUAUUUCUUACGGUGCAGUAUCUUACGCCUUAAAUCCCCGUACGAUAUCAAGAACAACUGCCACACAAUCCCUUGGAUUAGAGGUACAGGCUCCAUUUGAAAAAAUCUUGCCGGAUUCAAGUAAGAGGAGAGUGAAAGGUCCCAAUGGUGAUUGGAAUUUUGAAAAAGACCGUAUAGAGUAUUUCGUAAAACAAGGUCAGAUCUUAAAAAACGAGCUACAAACAGUAUAUCAAAAAGAUGCAUAUGUUCUAUAUCCCAAUGCUGCAGUAGUAGGUACUUAUAUUUAUUGUAAGUAA